AUGGGUGAAGAAGUGAAGGUAGUGGUUCCAGAGUCAGUGUUGAAAAAGAGGAAGAGAGAAGAGGAGUGGGCUUUGGCAAAGAAACAGGGGCUUGAAGCUGCCAAGAAAAAGAAUGCUGAGAAUCGGAAGCUAAUUUACAACCGAGCAAAGCAAUAUUCUGAGGAGUACAAGGAACAGGAAAAGGAGUUGAUCCGGUUGAAGCGUGAGGCUAAGUUGAAAGGUGGAUUUUAUGUUGAUCCAGAAGCUAAGCUGUUGUUUAUCAUUCGAAUUCGUGGUAUCAAUGCAAUUGACCCAAAGACCAAGAAGAUUUUGCAACUCUUGCGUUUGAGACAGAUCUUUAAUGGUGUCUUCCUGAAAGUUAACAAGGCCACCCUCAACAUGCUUCACAGGGUUGAACCUUAUGUUACUUAUGGGUAUCCCAACUUGAAGAGUGUAAAAGAGCUGAUAUACAAGAGAGGUUAUGGGAAGCUUAACAAGCAGAGAACUGCCUUGACCGACAACUCUAUUGUUGAGCAGGCUUUGGGCAAGUAUGGCAUUAUCUGCACGGAAGAUCUUAUUCAUGAGAUCUUGACAGUUGGACCUCACUUUAAGGAAGCAAACAACUUUCUAUGGCCAUUCAAGCUGAAGGCACCACUUGGUGGUCUUAAGAAGAAGAGGAACCACUAUGUUGAAGGUGGAGAUGCCGGAAACCGUGAGAAUUACAUCAAUGAGCUUAUUAGAAGAAUGAAUUAG